AUGGCUUCCGCGCCGUCGCGGAAACCGCUGUCGCGGGACCGGCUCGCGCUCUGCCAGGACCGGCGGCGCGCGGAGGCGCUCCAGCGGCAGCGCGACGCGCGGCGCAACCUCGCGGACCACGCGCGGGCCCUCGCCGCGCCGGAGCCCGAGGCGCCGCGCAUGGACGUCGACGCGACGCUCAGCAAGGCGGAGCUCAAGCGGCGGCGCGCGGACCGCGAGGCGAAGGAGCGCGCGGCGAAGUGGCCGGACCUCAACGGCAAGGGCGACGCCCACGGCGGCGGCUGGUACGUCGUGCCGCGGCCCGAGGGCAAGCGGUGCCUGGUCGUCGCGUCGCGGGGCAAGACCGCGUCGAGGCUCCCCCACGGCGACGUGCUCCACCGCUGGCGCAGCGCCGUGCCCUCCGGGUCGCCGCAGACGGCGACGAAGGACGACCAGGCCACCGUGCUCGAGUGCGUCUUCUACGAGCCGUCGAGUACGUAUUUCGUCGUGGACGUGAUGACCUGGGGGGGCUACAGCCUCUACGACUGCACGGCGGAGUUCCGCUUCUACUGGCUCCGGACGAAGCUCGGCGAGCUGGAGCCGCCGGAGGAGGCGGCGCCUUACGCGUUGGCCCCCGCGCCGUACUUCGACGCGGACGGCGACGGCGUGCUGGCGGCGCACGGCGGGCCCCUGCCCUACCUCCGCGACGGCCUCCUCUUCUACGCGAAGCAGGGCCACUACGCCCUCGGGCCGACGCCCCUCGUGGCGCUCUUCAAGGACGCGGCGUGCACGCGGUACUUCGCGGCCGACGACGAGAGUUUGUUCGUGGUGCUGCGCCACGAGCGCGGCGAGCUGCGGACGCUCGACGGCACGGCCGUGCCCCGCGCGGCCGCCGCGGCCGAGGCCUUCGCCGAGGGCGAGCUCGCGCGCUUCCAGCUCGUGCCCGCGGGCGACGGCGUCGCCGCGGCCUUCGACCGGCGGUGCUCGAACAAACGCGCGCUGCCGGACUCGGCGAGCAAGAUCGCCUUCGCCCUGCGGCACAAGACGCGGCCCCUGGGCAUCGCGGACGUCGUCGCCGUGGCGCGGGGUAACGGGGUUGGGUAG